AUGACCUUUGGUAUGGCAUUUUCGCUGGAACUAACCCAGGAAGAAGAGUGGUUAAAGUUGGCAGAUAAACCGUGUCCUGAGAAUUGGACAAGUGGAGUUGGUCUUGGAAGAGUUCUUAACCUUUCUGAGCUUCAUCUCAUCACUUCCAGCGAAGGUCUUCAAGUAAUAUGUGCUGCAAUUGAUUCCACUGUCGUGGAAUCAUCUCCCAGUGUGUACAAGCCUUCUAGGUGUAAAACGGGUGAGAAAUUUGAGCCUAUUAACUUGAAUGUCCAGCAAGUUCUUAGAGAAGAAGACAACUUGAACAUUGAUCCAGAGUUCCAAAUAGAAGACGUGUUGGAAUCAGCUGCCGUGAUCGAGGAACUUCAAUUUAUUCCAAGUUCAAGCACCAACCCCAUUCCAUCAGAAAACUAA